GCAGAAAACCGAAUUUGUUUGGUUGGACCUUCUCUUCCUCUCUUGUCAGUUAGUUGUUGGAACAAUAAUUUUAAAAGCAAUAAGCAGAAUUUAUAAAGUAAAAAGUGGUCACUUUGAUUCCGUAGUGUAUAUUUUAACAGGGUUGUAGUGUUAGGGACAAGUGUUUAAUUCAGUUAUUUAAUAUAAUUUACUUUUGUAUAAGUUACUUCAAGUUUUAGAUUAUGAUGAAAUUCUUAGCAGCUUUGUUUGUUAUCCUGGGAUUGGCCUGGAGAGCGUCAUGUACAGAUGCACCAGUAGAAGCCGCAACAGGCGCUCGACUACUUAUCUCGAAACAGAUUUUGAAUAAAUACUUAGUAGAAGACAUGGACAUAAUUGUUAAGUACACCUUAUACAACAUUGGGACUAGUGCUGCUCUCAAUGUAGUUCUGAGCGACUCUAGCUUCCACCCAGAAGCGUUUGCCGUUGUCGGAGGCCAACUUAACGCCAAGCUCGACAGGAUUGCACCUGGUACCAACGUAUCCCACGUAGUAGUCAUCAGGCCCACUACAUACGGCUACUACAACUUCACCGCAGCCGAAGUAAACUACAGAACUUCAGAAGACAACAAUAUGGUCCAAGUUGCUGUGACUAGUGAACCUGGUGAGGGUGUUAUCAUCGCUUUUAAGGACUACGACAAGAAGUUCUCUCCUCAUUUGCUGGACUGGGGUGCGUUUGCCGUCAUGACUCUGCCCUCCCUCCUCAUCCCCUUCCUGCUGUGGUGGUCCAGCAAGACCAAGUACGAGCAGAUUACCAAACACAAGAAAGACAAGUCGGCCAAAGACUGAGCAUCUUUUAUAAAGAUGUUUCCAUCAUGAAUCCAUUAAUUUAUUUCACUCAUCAUGUCAAAUAAAGUUUUUUUACGGAUGAA